UGUCAGUUAGUGUGCGGGUGACAGACAACAGCGGUGAGCCUCCAAAUCUAAGCUCCAAGUGUAAACUAUGGAAGAGAUUAACAACAUUGAAGUGGUUCCGUGCACAGAGUCUGACUAUCUAAAGCCGUUCAGGGUGCACUAUAGCCAGAAUGGCACAAAGAAAUCGUGGGACUUCAUGCGGACCCAUGACAGUGUAUCUGUGCUGAUCUUCAACACCACCUCACACUGUUUUGUCCUCGUCAAACAGUUCCGUCCAGCUGUAUACAUGUGUGAAUGGGAAAAGGCCAAGACGCAGCCACCAAAGUCUGCUGAAAAAACCGAGGAGGGUGCUGCAGAAGCCGCGACGGAGUCUCAGGAGGGCCAGUCAGCCUCAGAAGGGGAGAGCUCUUCUCAGUGGCUGCCUGCCUCUGCGGGGGUCACCUAUGAGCUCUGCGCUGGCCUGGUGGACAAACCUAACCUCUCUCUGGAGGAGAUCGCCCGCCAGGAGGUGCUGGAAGAAUGUGGCUACGAUGUGCCAGCUUCCAAGCUGAAGAAGAUUACUUCUUACAGGUCGGGUGUAGGUGUAACCGGUGCCAAGCAGACCAUGUUUUACGCUGAGGUGUCCGAUGACAACUGCGUCAGCCCAGGUGGAGGUGAGCCAAAGGAGGGAGAGCUCAUCGAGGUGGUCAAAGUCCCGCUGCACGAGGCCAUGACGUUUGCCUACGAUGAGCGUAUACCCAAAACCAUGGGCGUCAUUUUUAGUUUCAUCUGGUUCCAUAAUAACAUGUCUCCUAAGUACAAGAUCUCCACCAAUGUGUAACUAGUAUUAAAAUAAGCCCUCUUUCUACAAUUUAUUCCAGAUUAAAUCAAACACUGGCCCAGCACAUUCACUCCUCCCCUUAAGGCUCUUCAUCCUGUAUUGCCUUUUUGCUUAUUGGUACAUGAUGAAGGGUGGGCCCCUUGUCUUGUUGCCAGCUGGUAUCUUUAAGGUUUGUCCUAUUAGCUUUUUUAAAAAGACAAUUGUUUUACGUGGUCCUAGCGUUUUUCCUAAAUACAAAUAUGCCAUAGCUGGUUGUCACUGGCACUUUUUCUCUUCUUUUUAUACGUAAAUCAUUCAUUUACUGUGCCAUUUGUUAUCAGUGGCUGCAUAUCACAGAUUUCAUUUGCCUGCCCUUAAUUAAAGGAAUGCUCCACUGUUUUUUAAAUUUAAUUUUAAUGUAGAUAUUAAAUAUUAUCUACAUGUUAGUGUUUUUAAAAUCAAAAUUUGGUCGAGAAAAAGGCCUUUAAUAUUCUUUAAACUUGUAUUCUCCAUUGCUAGUUGCUUUAGUAAAGAGAAUUUAAAGCUCCAGUAUAUAUGAUUUCAUAAUACUGUAACAAUAUUGUAUUUUCUAUUAUUAUGUGGAAAUGCCUCAAAACCAGAUUGGAGGCAACUGAAAACCACUGUUCGACUAAAUUAAACCCAGUUUCAAAAUUAUUUGUGGUCAAUGCACUGUAUUUCCAUUUUCACACAUUUUCGCACAUGAUGAGAAGGCUUGCAAGUGAAAACAUUCCUCUUUCUCACCUCUGCUACAUUAAAUGCGGCUGUCGGUAUUCAUGAUUAACCUCUAAUGUGCCGCUGGUUACCUUCAGUUUGCCAGCAUUUCCACUGAAAUCUUGAAAGCAUUUUUGCUUUCCUGAAAAAGUCUGACUGUGACAAUGCAAAGCACAUAUACAGUAGCUACUUUUUGCACUGUUUAUAAUGUAAAGAUAGAUAGAUAGAUAGAUGAAGUUACAAAAAACAGUGGAGUAUUCCUUUAAUCCAUGAUCCAGUAAUGCAAAAACUAUACUAGUCAAUCAUGGGGCCUUGUAAUGAUUGGGGUAUUCAGGGAUGCCCCAUUUAAGUUCUGAAUCAUAGCCUUCAAGCAAUACUUACCUAAGUACUCCAGGCUGAACAAUCACAUAGUAUCAUUGAAAUCAGCCCUGAUCCUUUUCAUCAAAUUCUUCGUGAAGUCAAACCAGUUAACAUUAGCAAACACUUACCUCUGCGCAGAGGGCCUCAUUUUAAUUAACUCAAUUGUGCUGAAGCACGAUCCUGAUUAAAAGCAGCCUAUUUGUAGUUGGAGACACUUAAAUCCACUUCUGGUGACAUCUUCACACUGACGUGUUACAGGCUUUUUCAAGCCUGUAGCACAUCAGUGGAGUCUCAGACAAACGACAGUUUGUUUCAUUUUUUAUUUUGUUUGUUUCUUUUUUAGAGUUUUGGAGGAACUCAAAUGUAUACUGUUGCGGACAUGAUGUCUUAAGGCAGUAGCCUCUAUUUUUCUGAUUUUUAGAUUGUUUAUUUUUUGCACACAACAUCAAAGUUGCAUUAUGAACCCAUAAAUCACAUCAAUAUUAAUUAGAGAAAUGUUCAGAAAAUGUAACCCAUAUGAAAGUCUGAUUUUUAUAAUAAUUUAUUUGCAAAACUCACAUGCUGAAAACCAUUAAUGCACAAACCUGCUCUGUCUCUUAUUGUAUGCUUCUGUACACUACAUGCAAUUCACACUGAGUACCUGCUGUAAACAUAACAUUUAUUAAAAGGUGAUUGGAGAAUGCUUUUCAGUUGUCACUUAUAGGCCUAGAGACUGGUCACCGAACUGUGUAUUCCCUGACCAGUUGGUGAGUGAUUCCUCGAUGUUGUUGCGUUUUUUGUGAUUGCUUUGAUCGCUAGCAAAUUGUUGCAGUCGCCCUUAGUUUUCAUGGAAGACACGGAGAUGAAAACACUAAUUGACCACCAAGAAUCUGAGAAAGAAAAAGUGGACUACAUCCUGGACACUGGGAGUGGUUCCCUUCAAAGUAAAAGUUGUGCCUUACCGUUUACACAAACAUCUUCCAAAAACCACAACUUUUACUCUGAAGACGAAGACUAUCCAUUUGUGUUUACAUUGGACUCUUCACAGUUUCAGUACCACUUUUCGAACAGUUUUCAGGUGUUGGCAAUAUGUUACGCACUGUAUACCUCUCUGUAGCCGAUUUCACCUCACAACUAGCAACAGCCUCUAGCAACCACUCGCCUACUGAUUAAGAAAUGCCCAUUUUUCCCUAGUGACCAAUUAUUACCAACAAGCCACUGACUGGUCUCUUGUCAGCAGCCUAUAGAAACCUUAACAAUCAGUGGUUGCUGGAGUGACCAGUGGUUGCCAGGCUCCUGCCAACCAGUCUCUUGACUUGUAUGACUGGACCCUUAUUGGUUGAAGCGGAAAGGGAGGAGCCAGUGAACAAUUUUCCACCAGUAGGAGCAGGAUAACAGUGUCAUCUGACACUGUUUGCUGCGCACUAUUUAGCAAAAAGCAACCUGUUUUUUUUUUUAGGCAGUGGAUCUGCAUUCGUAGCUUUGGUUGUUUUAGUGUAGGCAAAACUAGUUUUAGGUCAGUGAUUUGUAACUUGUAAUGCUGCAGCUAUUGCGACAGUUUGAGUCACCUGCUACUAUAGUAGUUCUCUGAGUGAACAGCUUGCCAUGUUCAAGUUGAAAUGACAGUACCCUGUCAAAUGUCACACCCUACACAAGUAGGUACUUGGUUUACUACAUCAAAAUGAAUAUUCAUAAGUAUCAGAAAAUGAGACGCACCUCUGAACUCACAAAGUGAUUCUCAACAGCAGUUUCUUAAAAUCUCAGGUCCAAAUAGUCCAAUCUUUGAUUAUGUUCAGAGUGGAUCUCUGAAUGUGAUGAUGACCAGCAUGUCUGUUACUAUAUUUUCACAUUUCAAAAUCACUUGCAGCUUCACUAACUAGGCAAGAAAGUUAUCACUAAUACUAUAAAAUGUUAGUGUUUUUCUUCACUCAAAAAAGGGCUGGUACAUCAUUCAUUAUUUAAUAUGUGAGGAAGAGAACCACCCCACCUUGUAGUUUUGUUAACAAAAAGUACAUAUAUAGAUAUACAAAAACCGAAGCAAAGCCAAUACUGUCUUAAAAAAUUCACCUUCAAAGACACAUUUCAUUAUAUUAACAUUAGUACAGUAAUAAUAAUAAGAGAACUACACUUUGAAACACCCAUUAAUAGAGCUGAAAUCCUUAUGGUGCACCUGCAGAAAUGUUUUUUUAAAAUUCAAAAAUGCAAUGAGUGAGUACAGAUAGUGACAACAAGCUUAAAGUAAUGCAGUGUAAUAUAACAGUAAAUCCUAUAUUAUAUACAGCCACAUUUCUGUACUUAUCUCUGUAGUUUGGGUGGAGAAAAUACUACUACUACUAGCAUUACAGACAACAUUGUCCAAAAUCAGCACCUCUCUGAAAGAAGAGCACUUUUAGCUUUAGCAGCCAGGUGCGCAUAUGAAUAAAUACUCUAGGUUAAUAUGAACAAUCAGUCUAGCAUUUUUUUAAUGCUUUUCAAGCACCAAGAACAGCUGACAAUCAAAAGUUCAACAUUAAUUUUUCUUUAAACCUUAUGCUUCUUAUUCACUUGGUUUAUGCCUAUGUUUGUGAGGCUCUUCUCCUCUACAUACUAAGAAAUCCAGCAGAGAGAAGAGCAUAACUUUUGGGCAUAUCCCUAUAAGUGUGUCAUGGAGCCACCUGAAAUUCCGUCACCCGCGCAGAUCAAAGGUUGUAUUUUAUUCCACACACUGACGCAAACAUUUGGGGAGUAACUUCCACCCAAAUAGCAUAGAAAAAUAUGCAUAAUCCUAAAGCCAUAAAUAUAAUUUGUUGAGCUUCUUUGUUCUUCGUCGACCACGGAUCAUUCCUCGAUGUGCGAUUGUAGAGUUUGCUCUGACUGCUUGAAACAUUUGCUCAAUAGGUUCAUAUUUUCUCUCUCAAAUGCAUUUACUUUUGUGAGCGUGAUAUCGGGACACUUUGGAAAAAUGUGGAAAGCACCUUUGGAAAACCAUGAGAUUACUUAUUAGUGUUACACAUUGUACCCCUAACAAGACUGCUGUAUGCUGCCUGACCAAGACAAAUUUCAGUAUUUUGCAUUGAUGACAGCAUUUAUUUCCAUCCAGAGUUCUAUUAGGAUUUUCCAAAGGUUUCAUCAUUGAUGAUGGGAGAGUCAGACUGCUGUAUAAAGCCUUCAGCAAAGAUUCUCAGUGUGGAUAAAGCGCUCUCCAGUCUGCCGUACCCCUCGAACUUCCCAUUCCCAUUAAUGGGAAAAACCUAGUAAUUCAGCGCCUCACCCAUGCUCGAGGUUUCUUCCUGUUAAAUAAAAUGAGUUUUUCCUUCCCACUGUGGCCAAGUGCUUGCCCUCUGUAUUAUUUUAGGCUCUUUACCUUACCUUACCUCAAGCAACUUGAGGCCACCAAUGUUGUGAUUUCGCAAUAUAUAAAUAAAAUGGAAGUUAAUUGAGUUCAGUAUCUUCAGGUUGUCAGCUGACCUUUUUCUUGGGGCACGUAAUGUUCUCGAACCUAAACCUGACCAACUGAAGCAACUUCAGGUCAUAACGCUGAUCCCACAGGAUGUUGUGUGGUAGGCAUUUCACCUGCCUGUUCUUCCCCAAAUAUUCCCAUCAAUCUGAUGACCUUUUUCCAUUGCUCCAGAGUCUGAUCUUCAUGCUCCCUAGCAAAUAUAAACCUCAUUUAAGCCACGUUUUCUUAAAGCAACGUAGCUUCCAUUGAGCUCUCAGUGUGCACUUAGAAAUAUUUACCUUCAUUGUUAAACAUAGCCUUGAUUUCUGCUGUUGAUCUGUUUUAGUAGUUUCACCAUGUAGGCCAAUAAUUUGACCGUUCUGAAAUGGACUAAUGGCUUUUCCACACAAGAAUAUCUUCAAACAUGGUUGCUUGAGAACUGCAUUGGUUAGUGUUGGAUAAUCUGUUGUCAGCAAAAACAUAUUAAUUACUGCAGUAAUUAUACAGUUGGAAGGUUUUUAUGUGUUUCCUUAGUUAAAUUCAGAUGUGACUUGUUUUGGCCAGACAGUGUAUUAUAUGUUCUAACAUGAUAAAUUGCUGUUAGCUUUCAGAAGUUACUCAACACUUCUGCAGUCCCUUUUCUCUCAUAUGACAAUCGUACAGCCCUUUGUUUUUUAGGUCAAAGUGGAUCUCAGCACUUGUUUUUUGGUUUACUGGAGAACCUCAGUGAAGGAUUUCCAAUGGUGCUCACAGUUUUCCAUUGUCUUGUUCUCAUCUAGUAUGGUGGAGUAUAAUAGAAGUAUCACACUUGUGUCUAGAAAUAACUCAUGAAAUGUGUUAGCCAUGAGGAUUCAAGGCUGGAAGAAAAAAAUAUUUUUAGAAAUGUGUUUUACCAGUGUUUGCUUCUGAUUUGGCUCAACGUAAAAGCCAUUUUAACUUUUUAAGGCCAGUCUGUAACUUUUAACGUGCCUGUCAAAAGUGAAGAGCUGCACAGUGACUUCUCUUUAGGCUGAAAUAGAUUUGUUUGUUUGUUUGUUUCAGGCAAGUAUUAUCAGGUGAUUAUUUCCUAACACUUUCCCUUCUAGUUGUCAAGAGUAUUUGGUGAACAUUGCUGAGGAUUUGCAGCAGCAUUAUGACUCACUGACUGAAAAUAAAAGUACCGUCCAUGCGGGUGAAUAGCAGCUGCAAAGUGGGAAGGAUCAUGUCAGAUGUCUGCUAAUGUGAUUGAUUGGUGCAGAGAAUUCGGUUGCCAAAAGAAGCACAAACAGACUGGUAGCACUUCAGGUUCAGCUGGUUCGGCCAGCUUCAGCCUGUAUUUGAGUUAUUUUAGUUUUGUUUAGCCUGUGGAGUCAAAACGUAUCACGUAUUCUGUGUUAUCAGGCCUGCUGUUAAUUUUGUACUUAGGAUUUUUUUUUUCCCCAUUGAUUUUUUUUUUUUUUUUAAAUCAGCUUUUGUGUAAUCUUAUUUAGUUAGAAACAGCUGUGUGUUUCUGUGUUAAACACACAUCUUUUGAGUGUAAAGGCAAUCUCUGAGGUCUUUUUUUACUGAUUCAACACUGGUGACAUUAUUCUUGGAGACUUAUAGGAAAAGUUUCACAGUUUUGGAGGAAAGUGGUUAUUAGCCCUUUUUUUUGGCGGAAAUUAAUUGCAGACUGAUGACCUGUCUGGGCAGUUAGUCUGAAGUUACAGGGAUAAGGACUAGAAACAGAGGAAAACAUCUAGGUUGACCCAGUAAAAAAGGUAACCAGCCUAACUAAUUAACUUUGAAUAUAAUUACAAAAAGUGCAAUGACUUUUUACAAUGGACCAAUAACUUCCUGGAGGCAGCUCGGUUUAGCUGGGGAGUUGAGCAGCAAUUUUUACACUGGAUCCCAUCCCUGACACAGUGCUCCCAAUAGUCCAGGCCUGGGACCACCACACACACACACACAGAUCUUUUUUUGCAUUUAAUGCAAAAUAUAGUAAUCACUAUACUACGGAGCAGCGAACAAGAGACGUCAGAAUAUGAGAAUAGAUUCUCUUCUAAACUGUGAAAUGUUUUCUUCAACAGGAACAGGAUGUCGUGUCCAGACUUGAGUCGAGUUUUGCUGUUUUGACAAAAAACAUUUCAGCCAUGUUUUUUUUUAGUUGUCAGCCCUUUGAACAGUAGGCAUUUACGUUAUUCAAGUCGUUUUUGCUCAGUUUUUAACUACAGUCAUUAUGUGUUUGGCUCCAGCACCUUCAAACCGUGUACCUGAAUGCCACAAAGAUGGAGCAUUUGCUGCUACUGCUUCUCUACUAGAUGUACUGGUUGCAUUGUGCUCUCUGUGUAGACACUCAGUUAGCUUUGGCUUGCUGAUAACUGCUGGCUGCAGCUCAACUUCAUUGUGUCGGCGCCACAGUGUCAAAAAAGCAAAUAAGCACGUUUCGUCCGUUAACUGUCCCUUUAGGUCUACCAGUGCAACAAGCCUAACCUGCCCCUCUACGACAAAUCUAAACACAUUUUUGACAGUUUAGAGUGAGGUUGCAGACUGUGCUACAGGUAAGCCAUAUGCUACUUGUAUUUAAUAUACAGGAAAACUCAUAUUUAUGGUAAGCAAAUGACUGAGUAUUUCAUUCUUGCCUAUGCUGGAUUUUCAACCAUUUGCCCAGCAUUUCUACCUCCAUCACUCAGGCACACAACAAAGGUGUUUUGUGUCCGUUUGCUUGACCCUAAGGUGUUGAAAUUCUCAAAAACAGAUCAGUAACGUGGGAACCCAGUGGUUCCCUGUCACAAAAUACUUCAUUCAUCAGUACUUUUAUAGCUGUACCCUGCCCCCAUGGCUAUGCUGUAAUUGCUUCUUCAACUGUGAUUGUUUUUUUGUUUUCUUUUGUUAAUGGUUCGUGCACUGUUUGACAGUCUCUUACUGUAUUUUUUGAUGAUCUGAACAGCAGAAAAUACAUUUAAAGGUGCUAUGUGUAGUAUUGAGUUAUUGAAGAAGGUGUAGUACUGUUAAUGAUUUUGCAUUAAGUCCAAGACUAAGUCACUUUUGCUUCUUAAUUAGCAGACUGGUAGCUGAAUAUUCGGAAGCAACAGAGGCAGUGAAGGAGCUCAAAGUGACUGUAUGUUGUAGCACAUGUUAUUCUAUUAGGCAGUGAAAAUCCUACACAUACUACCUUUAAGUGAGCAAAGUACUCUUUUUCUUAUGGUAAAGACAUAAAGAAAUUUGUCCAGUUGUGAUUUUUUUUUCCCUUUUCGGUGUCUUAAACUGAAUUUGUGUUUUUAAGAAAAUAUUUUCAGAAAAAGGUACAGGUAUGAACAUUGCAUAUUUAUGAAUUUAUCAUGUAUUUUAUGCUUUAUUAAAAUGUGUAUACUCAUUGUGGGCAGUGUUUUUAGUAAUGUUUCGAUUUUGUUAAUUUAUUACCUAAAUGUUAAAAUAUUUAACUUUCAAAACAUGACACUUGGUACAAACAUACAGGAUAUUUAAAUAUGAUACUUUGCAUGUGCACUGUGUUGGAUUAAACUGCAUUAAAUUCAAAUAAAAAUGGGUUUGAUGCCCAAAGUGUCUGUUUGUGCUCUGAGU